AUAAAAGUGCUAUUGUAUAUUUAAGCCUGGAAUGGAUUUUUUUUGUUUGUUUGUUUUUUGUUUUACCUCCAGGCUCUUUUUGAUGCCUCAAUUGAAGCUUCUUCAGUAUGCUAUACCAGUGAUGGCAAACGUUUUAGAGACCGAGUGCCCAAACUGCAACCCAAAAGCCACUUAUGCAUCGUUGGGUGCCAGAUUGACUAGAGACACAAAGAAGAUGAAAUCCCUUUUGCUCACUGCUGUCAUUGCUGCCUUUGUUCUAGCUUUGUUCCUCCCUUCAGGAAGUGCUUUAAAGUGCUACAAUUGUAAAUCUGCUACGUGUAACAAAACUAUGACCUGCACAGCCGACCAAGAUACUUGCAUAAUACUACAUUCUGGUAGUGGAAUUAUAUCUUCCUGCUGGAAGCAUUCUACCUGUAAUAACAAGUUUGUUUCAGAAAUUUUAUCACUGAAUAGCUUUAAAUUCAAUUGCUGCAACUGGAAUUUGUGUAACGAUGCUCCAAAUGUAGUAGCUAGCAAGAUAGCCCUCAGUGGGGCUUUCUUGCUGACUGUUGCUCAUAUCUUAAAGUUUUUACUCUGGAACUGA